GGGGCCGGCGGUGGAACCCAGUUCCCCGUCUGAGGAAAGACGGGAAAAGUAUGCCUUUUUGACGGGCGCGUGACCGUCCAUACCAGAAGCCACCAAACUCCGCCCAUCCAUGGUGGGCCCCGUCACAUGCUACUUGUGGGAUCCGCAAUGCGCGAGAAGGGUGAACCCUGUUCUCCGGUCCGUGGAAAUACAGGGAAACGCUGUUUGACGGGCACGUGCCGAACGACGUGAGCUGGAGACCGGCGCACCCAAAGUUCUGAAAGCAGCGAAUCCAACGGCCCCCCUCUGCCGUCCGAUUAGAUUUGAUCUGCCGCAAGUCCGAUACCUAACUCUUUUCUUCCAAUUUCCCCUUACAUACGUCUUUUUUUAUACAGAACUCUACGGAAGCUUCAUCCCUGCUCGAGGGCGGUCGGGGGCGGCGAUGUUGCAGGUGCUCCAGAUAUCGACGCCGCCGCACAAUUCUACCCUUUCCUGCUCAUCGACUAAGCGGUGGUCGUCGUCUCCUCCUCGUGUCUACAGCUCCCGGGACGCGCUCCUCGGAAGCCCUAACCCCCGGUGGGCGGCGCUGCUGAGGGAACUGAGGUGCGACGGUCGUCACACCUGUCUCUUCGCGGACAACCGUAAACAGGAGCAAGCUAGAAAAGCACUAGAAAGUGCUCUUGGUGAGAAGAAGACCGAGUUUGAAAAAUGGAGUAAAGAAAUUGAGAAGAGGGAGGAAAAGGGUGGCGGAGGUGCAUCAGGUCGUGGAGGCUGGUUUGGAGGUGGCGGCUGGUUUGGGUGGUUUGGUGGAGAAAAUUUCUGGGAGGAGGCACAACAAGCUAUCCUGACUAUUGUUGGUAUUGUCUCCCUGUAUCUCCUGGUAGCAAAAGGUAAUGUAAUGUUUGCAGUCGUCUUCAAUUCAUUGCUGUUUGUGUUGCGAGGAACGAGGAACUGGCUCACUUUCGUAUCAUCUUGCUUGUCGAGGAAAACUUUUGCACUUGGGUCUCAGCCUGGACCUGUAUCCAAUGAGGUUAAAAUACAUCAGACUCAAUUAUCUGCUAAAGAGAGAGUGAUAAAGAAAUGGGGAAUGGACUAAGACUUUGUUGGCCCCUCAUUUUGUUGUUUUCUAUUCGGUGUAAGUUUAUAUUGUCAUCAGUGGAUGCUUAUUUGAUGGCCAAAAACAUUCAAGCAGCUCUUAACAUGACUUCCAGAUACUUUUGUGUCUGCUUGUGCAAUUGAUGGCAGGCACUAAUUCUAAAUGUUUAUCCUGCA